UCCUCCCAUCAUGCAUCACGUCUAGGAGACCAAAGGAGGUAACCUGGGAACGAAAACACUCUAAUAUCACUUUCAAAAGACUGGAAAUCAACUUUUUAUGUAUUUAAAUGCAGAGAAGAAACACACAUUCAUAGCAGACGUCAACCGCGAACGUUGUAUGGAUGCUAUUAAGAGCCUAUUUCGGAGAGUGAAUCAUAAUAAAGAAGAAUGGAGAAGGAACAACACAACACUGUCGUCUUCAAUGUCUCGAAGAGAGAGCUGUUUAAUACGAAUAAUGGAUACAAAACCAUGCAGAAAAGACUAAGAGCUCAAUGGAAAAUCCAAAGUUUGAAGGAAGAACUGUCUCUGGAGAAGCUGAAGGGUGUCAAACUGUGGAUAACUGCAGGUCCCAGGGAGAAGUUCACAGCAUCAGAGCUGGAGGUGCUGAAGCACUACCUGGACGCAGGAGGAAACGUCCUGGUCAUGCUCGGGGAAGGAGGAGAAAUGAAAUAUGAUACUAACAUCAACUUUCUUCUGGAGGAGUUUGGGAUAAUGGUCAACAACGAUGCUGUUGUGAGGAAUGUGUAUUACAAAUACUUCCACCCUAAGGAGGCGCUUGUGUCCAAUGGUGUGCUGAACAGAGAGAUCAGUCGAGCUGCUGGAAAAGUGGUCACAGGCAGCAUCGAAGAUGAAAAAGUUGGAAACAAUGCACAGGCUCUCACAUUUGUGUAUCCGUACGGAGCCACACUGAGCGUGAUAAAGCCCGCUGUGGCUCUGCUCUCAACGGGCUCCGUCUGCUUCCCCCUCAACAGACCCGUCCUGGCCUUCCAUCAAGGAAAGGAGGCUGGCAAACUGGUAGUGUUGGGCUCCUGCCACAUGUUCAGUGACCAGUACAUAGACAAAGAGGAGAACAGUAAAAUCAUGGAUGUCUUGCUCCAGUUGCUCAUGGCCGAUAAUAUUCAGCUGAAUCAAAUCGAUGCAGAAGACCCAGAGAUCACAGAUUACACCAUGUUGCCGGACACGGGGUGUUUGUCAGAUCAGCUCAGAGUGUGUUUACAGGAGGGCGAUGAAACCCCCCGGGACUUCACCUCGCUCUUUGAUAUGUCUUUGUUCAAUUUGUCAACUGACACCUUACCCCAAGUCAUCAGUGCUUACAAGCAGCUUAAUGUCAAAGACGAGCCUCUUCAGCUGAUCACGCCGCAGUUUGAGACGCCGCUGCCUCAGCUCCAACCCGCUGUCUUUCCACCUGCCUUAAGCGACUUGCCUCCCCCGAUGCUUGACCUGUUCGACUUGGAUGAAACGUUCUCUUCGGAGAAAGUGCGCCUAGCACAGCUCACCAAUAAAUGUACGGAUGACGACCUGGAAUUCUACGUGCGGAAAUGCGGGGAAAUUCUGGGUGUGACUCCAAAGCUGGAUAAAGAGCAGAGGGAUGCCAAGCACAUCCUGGAACACAUUUUCUUCCAGGUGGUAGAGUUCAAGAAACUCAAUCAGGAGCAUGAUGCCGACACAGACACGCCUUUCACUCCGUUGUGAUUGGAUUCAAGAUAUUCCAUCUCUGCCUUUCAACACUCUGUCACAUGACCAAGCUGAUGAGUUCAGGAACAAAAGGGGGACCAUAGUAGUGGUCUAUCAACUAGGUACAGAUGUGUUUAAGAUAUUGUAUAAAGAUAUUUUUAUAACUUUCCACUGCAUUUCAUUUUGAAAAAAAACACUUCAAAGCAAAUAAAGUCAUGGAUACAUUUAUUUAAUUGUAAUCUUUAAAAACAUUGUAAAUAAGACACAGGGCUCUCAUAAAUCCCCACACAUGGAUCCUGUAAAAGAAAGAAUUUGAAAAGUUGAACAUGGAUUUGUAUGAAUAUUAAAAGUUAUUAUCCAAACUGAGCAUCUUACCUUCACAUAAUCCUCAAUGGAGCAGAAGAGACAGCCAUGUGCAGAUAAAAACCAAGUGUGUGUUCACUGAAGGACUUUCUGGGCCACAUCAGGGGGAAACAUCGGCUCCUGGAGGUUGCGUUUGGGGUUUUGGACUCCAUGUUGCCUCCAGAGCACUGCACUCCAUGAUGGAUCUCGGACUAUUGUUUUCAGGUGUAAUACCGGACACAUCCCAGGACAUUCGAGAGAGAGUGAGGUCGCUGUACGACUGGUCCAACACAGCGAGCUGUUUCUUCUUCUUCAGAAGCAGCUCGUAGGGAGUGGAGGACUUUCCCUGCAGAGGCACGGCCAGGUAACAGCUGUCAGAUUCUUGAGCGUUGGUCGGAGCCAGAGAGGGAGAAAUGGGGUCCGAGGAGAGGCAGAGAGAAGCCGGGAUGGACAGCCGGGGGUCAAAUCCGUCAGCAAGUGUGUCAGCAGACAGCCCACUCUGUUCCCCUAAAAACUUCCUGUCCAGCUCUAGUGGAGAUAGACACUCGAAGCUUUUCAUAUCUUGGAGGAAAUGUUUGAUUUAGAAUCUCAUCAUCUGAUCAGAAUGUACCUUGAGAAUAAAAAGCAGUUUUCUUACCUUUGA